CUCGUCUGCUUGCCACCAACAAUGUCAAAUCGUGCUGCAUCAAUACAGUAUUCAUUUUUCAGAGGACGUGACUCACCUUGCACUAUUUCAGCCAAUCAUCGCCAGUCGUAUUUCUGACCAAUGGCAGUCUGGCUCACGGGCGCCUAGAACAGGCAGCCAGAUGCAGUCCAAGUAUAAAAUUUCUGAUUAUCAUCAUUCGUCUCCAACCUCCUUACAUUCUCAAUCCUUCCUAGGAAACAAAAAGACAGUUACUUUAUCAUGGCGAGCGCACAGAAGUCCCCGCGCGGCGCUUUCGACAUCUACCACAAACAUGGAUCCGCUUUGCGAGUGAACUCCGAGGUCUUCCUCCAGAACGAGCUUAGGGAAGCUCACUAUCCCAGCCUUGUCACCUGGAUUGGAGCGGAAGAGUGUGAUAUUCUCGGCUUCGCCAAAGCAGGGCAUGCAAGCGCUCGCAUUGAUGGUGGCGAGCGAAUGUAUACGGCCAUUCGUAGGUAUCAAGAGCCCGCUCGCUCGCUGGAUGAGCCAGAAGGGUCUGUCUCGGACAGCAUACUAUUCGCACAUUGGGGUUUGGGAUGGAAUGGCCAAACUGUGCCAUGCUACAAGUUCCGAUGGGUCGACAGCGCAUGGCAAAUACGAGAAUACUAUGCUAUCGUCACGGACGAGGGACUUCUGCAAAAUGAUCAGGCUUCUUAUGCCGACCAGCUCAUCAAGGCUUGUGGCACAUGGACUCGACAACUUCACGACGAGGUCUAUGUUUACGAGGAUGGUGACUGGGUCAAAAAUAAAGCUCUCUACAAGGCAGUCAGCAAAGCGUCAUGGCAAGAUGUCAUCAUCAAUCCUGUCAUGAAAGCAAAUCUGAUCAAAGAUGUUGAUUCUUUCUUCAAUGCCAAGUCCACCUACCAGCAAUACAAUAUUCCCUGGAAGCGUGGAAUCAUCCUCUACGGCCCUCCUGGAUGUGGCAAGACAAUCUCCAUCAAAGCCCUGAUGAACUCGGCUCGCAAAAAGAACGUAGCUAACCUGUAUGUCAAGAGCUUCAAAGCAUCUGGUUGUCAAAGCGACCAAGCGAGUAUCCGUGAAAUCUUCAACAAAGCCCGCUCAAUUGCACCCGCGAUGCUCAUCUUUGAAGAUCUGGACAGCUUGAUCACAGAUGAGCUUCGAUCGUUCUUUCUCAAUGAAGUCGACGGUGUGGAGGAGAAUGACGGUCUUCUGAUCAUCGGAUCCACAAAUCACCUCGACAGGAUUGACACCAGUAUCACCAAACGACCUUCGCGAUUCGAUCGGAAAUACCACUUCAAGGCGCCCUCCGAACGGGAACGACUUCUCUACUGCCAGUACUGGCAACAAAAGUUAAGCUCAGACCCAGCCAUCGACUUUCCAGAUGAAGUCUGUCAGGCUGUUGCAACGUUGACAGAGGGCUUCACUUUUGCCUAUUUGAAGGAGGUUUUCGUCCACACGCUGUUGAUUCACGUAGGCGGCGAUGAUCAUUCCGCUGUCGAUGAUGAUGACGAAGCUCACGAUGUGGGCAAGCGGCCGCAUGCUGAGCUUAUCUCGGGGUUAUCGGAGAACAGCUUCCUCUACAAGCUUUGCAAGCAGAUGGACGUCCUUGCUGAGGAGCUAAGAGUUGAUGGCAGGGAUGGGAAGGAAAAGGAAGUUGUGAGUGACGAAGCUGAGGUCGACUCGGAGGCGAGGAAUGGUACAGAAGGGAGGAAAGGAGAGUAACCAGAACUAGAUACUCAUGAUCGUAUCCUUUCCUCGAGUUCACGAUCGGAGACGUACGUUGAUCGACCUUGCGAAUCGUAAAUCGGUCGUCAACAAUGGCAUGUUGUCCAGUCA